AUGUCUUUGCUUGAGGCGGAGGGCGGCAAUGGCUCUGGAGGUUUCAUUCUCCAUGUGUUGUGUCCGUCCCUGCCACCGCCGAAUCGCUUCACCUUCACCAACCUUCCUCUCUCCUCAACCAUCGCCGACCUCAAAGUUCGCAUUUCGCAAACAGUCCCAUCUCGCCCUGUGCCAGACAACCAGAAGCUUUUGUAUCUGGGAAAACUGCUUUCUAACGACAGUGUCACAUUGCAAUCUCUAUUCGAACCAGUGAACGGCUCUGAGCACUCAAUACAUCUCGUACUUCCACCAACUCCGACAAACUCUGCGGACCCUGCCAAGACAGUCGCAAACGCCUCAUAUCAUUCCAACCGGGCCGACACUCCCAGAGACAACCAAUCGCGAAAUCCUGAACUGCAUGCGCCGCAACUGAGGUACCGGGAACCUAAUCCUUUAAGGCGGGAUGAGAUUGCACAGUCACUACACGAGAAUGCUACCCGUCGCCUGGCCGAACUACAACACGAUAAUGCUUAUUCUCAAGCCUCUUGGACAAGAACAUCGGCGUGGACGUCACAGCAGCUUCAUCGCCCGCCGUCCUACAUACCAGGGCCUAUGGGCGCAACUACACCAAUUACCUCGCCGUUUACUACUCUCCUAAACCUCCCAGUUGGGGAUUUCGGAGAGGGCAUUCAGCUUCCAGAAGAGACUCAGGCACGACUGAGGCUACUUAAACAGCAUAUAAGCCUUGCGGAAGAACAGAUAAACUGCGGGAUUGCUCCCGCGAUAGACCAUGUAAUUCAGCUACGCACGCAUUUAUUCAAGAUUCUUGACGACCAGCUUAGACGGCAUCCGUCGGAACGUGGCGAAUUUGUUGAGCCAUUAAUCACCCGGGUCUUUGACAUAUCUACUCGCGCCGAUGAGCUCCGUCGGCGUCAUUUGUUACCUCACAAUUCUCGUCCCUCACAUCGGCCGACAGCCCCUUUGUACCUCAUCUCUUCACCUAAUGGUUAUCAAGCCGUAUGCACACCUUACGUUGCAACAGAUGGGGAUCGGACACCAGUUACAGUGAGUACAGCCGAGACGGCAAAUUCCGCCGAGGGGCAACAUGCCAAUGCGCAGCCCAACGCAGACGCAGCAGUUAUGGAAAAUGUAGUUCGUCGCGCCGUACUCAACCAACGGCCUGUAGCCGAUGGCCAAUUUGGCAUGGGACGAAAUCUACGGCGGCUGUGGCUGUUCAUGCGGCUUUACUUCUUUUGUCAUAUGUUCAGCCAACCCGGAUCUCAAACACGGCUGCUCUAUGUAACUCUGUCGGUGAUUGCCGCGAUCCUCUCAGAAACCAACAUCCCAAGCCGAGUGUACGAGAUGAUCCUUGUUCCUGUCCAGCGACAUCUCGAAGGACUAGUACAUUUUACACCGGGGGAGCAAGCACCACUGCGCCCUCAAGGUACAGGAACAGCGGGUGGCGGAGCCGCAACAAAUCAACAGGUGGGUAUACAGCCUGGUCGCGAGGCACGCUGGGCUGGGGCCCUAUACCGUAACCUACGAAGAGUGGAACGUUCAGCGGCCCUCUUCAUCGCCAGUUUAGUACCGGGUGUAGGGGAGAGGCACAUUGAGGUGCGGAAUGCGGCCGAGGCUGCACGAAAUGCUGAGCUUGCGCGACAGGAGGAAGAACGACGGCGACAAGAAGCAGCAGCAGCAGCAGCAGCAGCAGCAGCGAACACAGACGAGGACACAGCUGGUGAGCGAAGUGCUCAGGCUACAACGGCGGCCGAAACGCAUGAAUUACAGCCCUCAAUACCCCAAGAAGCACAUUAAUUGUGCUUCUGUUUACACAUUCUUUUUGUCUUGAAUCACAAGUUGGCGUUACUGGUUGACUUAGCGUAGGCAUUAUUAAACGGUUUAUGUACAUAGGAGUUACUAGUGGCAUGAGAUUGGAGGCAACAAUAUGAGAGUCAACAUCUUUAG